GAACUACUUCCGGUGGUCAAAGGUAAUCGCGACGAUUUGAAAACAUGGAUCCCAACAAAGUGGACCAAGCAUCAGGAAAGAUGAGUGGUGAUGGAGACAUUGCAUCUGUUAUGGGAUUCUCUGGUUUUGGUAAGAAGGCCCGGACGUUUGAUCUGGAUGCCAUCUUUGAGCAAACCCGUCGAACGGCGAUUGAGCGGAGUCAGCAUGUGUUGGAGGAGAGGCAGAAGGAGAGUCAGAUGGAGGAGGAAGGAGAGAGCUCCUGGUCGGUCAAGAAGUCAGUCCAGACCGGAAGAGACACAGCUGCCACUUCAAGACAACAGAAGGGUGAGAGCAGCAGUGACAGCGACAGUGACAGUGACUCUAAUUCUGAGACUAUUGGGCCUCCGCUGCCUCCCCAGCACAAAGCCCACCAAGAUGAUGAUGAUGAUGAUGAUGAUGAUGAGCUCGUAGGACCCCCUCUUCCACCCGGUUACACAGGCAACACAGCUCACAGUGAUGAAGAUGAUGAUGAUGAAGGGGAUGCGCAGGAUGAAGAUGAUGAUAAUCCAGUGAAGAAGAUUCCAGACACUCAUGAGAUCACGCUGCAACACGGCACAAAGACGGUGUCUGCUCUGGGCUUAGACCCCUCCGGAGCCCGCCUUGUGACCGGUGGAUAUGACUUCGAUGUGCGGUUCUGGGACUUUGCUGGGAUGGACCAGGCUCUGCAGGCGUUCAGGUCCCUGCAGCCCUGCGAGUGCCAUCAAAUCAAGUCUCUGCAGUAUAGUAUAACUGGGGAUGUCAUCCUGGUGAUUUCGGGGAACUCACAAGCCAAAGUAUUGGACCGUGAUGGAUUUAAUGUGAUGGAGUGUGUGAAAGGAGAUCAGUACAUCGUGGAUAUGGCCAACACAAAGGGGCACACGGCCAUGCUGAAUUCUGGUUGCUGGCAUCCCAAAAUUAAAGAGGAGUUUAUGACCUGCUCCAACGAUGGCACGGUGCGCACAUGGGAUCUGAACUCAGAGAAGAAGCAUAAGUCGGUGUUCAAACCCCGGUCCUUCCAGGGGAAGAAGGUCAUCCCGACCUGCUGCACCUACAGCCGUGACGGGAAGCUCAUUGCAGCCGGGUGCCAGGACGGUACCAUCCAGAUCUGGGACCGAAACCUCAGCGUUCACACAAAGUUCCACUGUCGACAAGCCCACACCCCCGGCUCAGACACCUCCUGUGUCACAUUUUCCUAUGAUGGAAUGACGCUGGCAUCACGUGGAGGUGAUGACACUCUAAAAACGUGGGAUAUUCGUAACUUUAAGAAGCCUGUGAAUAUGGCAGCUGGACUGACCAACUACUUUUCUGUGACCGACUGCUGUUUCAGCCCAGAUGAUAAGCUCCUUGUAACAGGAACCUCCGUGAAGAAAGACGAGGGAAACGGAAAGCUGGUUUUCUUUGACCGAGCGUCCUUCCAGAGGGUCUAUGAAAUAGAAGUCACUAAUGCAAGUGUCGUCCGCUGUUUGUGGCACCCCAAACUCAAUCAGAUAAUGGUGGGAACUGGAAAUGGACUGGCCAAGGUUUACUAUGACCCUGUCAAAAGCCACAGAGGAGCCAAGCUGUGUGUAGUCAAGAGUAAACGGAAAGAGAAGCAAGCAGAGAUGUUAACGCAAGAUUACAUCAUCACUCCUCAUGCCUUACCCAUGUUCAGAGAGGCCCGUCAGCGGAGCACCAGGAAACAGCUGGAAAAGGACAGACUGGACCCCAAGAAGUCCCACAAACCUGAACCGCCCGUAUCUGGACCAGGUCGUGGAGGCAGAGUAGCAGCUCAUGGUGGAACUCUGUCUUCGUUCAUCGUGAAGAACAUCGCUUUGGACAAAACUGACGACAGUAACCCAAGAGAGGCCAUCCUCCGCCACGCCAAGGAGGCCUCCGAGAACCCGUACUGGGUCGCCCCGGCUUACAAACAGACCCAGCCGGAGCCUGUGUUCGCAGAGGAGUCGGAUGAGGAUGAGGAAGCCAGCAACGAACCAGAGUGGAAAAAACGCAAGAUCUAAGCCAUGUGACCCCCCAACAGCAGCUCCGUUCUAUGUACAGCUGCUGAUGGGGGGGGGGGGGGGGGGGCUCCUGGUGGGACGUCCAGCACCUCCAACAAACGGAUCUGCUGUCAGAAAGUCCACAUGAGAGAGAGCAUCAGUUCCACCACUCCUCCUGUGGAUGCUUUUUCAUUCUGCACGAGCUACAGCGCAUUAAGUACACGCAUUUUUUACAGCGGAGGCAGAUUUAUGGUCAUUCUCACUGCAAUUCAUCAGCUAAUGAAAGACCUUGGCUUUUUAAUGUCAGAUUUGAUUGUAUGGACUGUACUGUCAUGGUUUCUAUUGUUCUCGCUCCCCACAGCUCCAGAGUUUUUGCUAAUCCCUCCUAAAUGGGCCCCAGAUUCUGCGGGUCUGGUACUGCCAACUAUGUAGAACAGUCUGCUGGUUUGUAAAAAGGACAACACCACAGCUGAUUUUAUUUUAGCGUCGUCUUCUUCUUUUUUUUUUUUUUUUUUUAAAUCCAAGGCUUCAUUCAAUCAUUGUCUUGUUUUGAAUGUUUCCUACUGUUUCCACCUCAAAACUAGAAUAAAGGAAAUAGUAACAGUUGAA